GGAGGGGGUGGCCAGGAGGGCAGCAGGAACAGAACGCUGCACCAUGGAAUAUGAAGUCAAGAAAGGGAAAAAGGGCCCGCUCCUAAGGCUUAUGUUCCCAAAGGCUGGGCGCCGAGCAGGAGCAGCCGUUCGGAGCAGUGUGAGCCGCCGGCCCCUGCACUCGAUGCCCCUUUAUCCCCCUGACUACCUCAUCGACCCCCAGAUUCUGCUGUGUGAUUACCUGGAGAAAGAGGUCAAGUUCCUGGGCCACCUCACCUGGGUAAACUCCUCACUGAACCCCUCCAGCCGGGAUGAGCUCCUGCAGCUGCUGGACACCGCCAGGCAGCUGAAGGAGCUGCCACUGAAGACUACACCGGAGCAGGACAGCAUCCUGAGCCUCUCGGCUCGCUGCCUGUUGCUCACCUGGCGCGACAACGAGGAACUCAUCCUGCGUAUCCCCACGCACGAGAUUGCCGCUGCCUCCUACCUGCAGGAUGACGCGCUGCACUUGCUGGUGCUUAAGACAGGUCUGGGCGUGGAUCCGGUGCCAGCCGGUGUAGACGCCAGCCCCGGCGGGACCGGUCGCGACACUGGCCCGCCGGGCGCUGCUCCCGAGAAGCGGCGGGUGGGCACCACGGAGCGGCGUCACACCAUCUGCAGCCUGGACUGGCGGAUGGCGUGGGGCGGGGGCGCGGGCGCGGAAGCCCGGGCCGCGGGCGGCGGCGGCGGCGGGAGCCUAGAGCGCCAGCGCGCUGGGGCGCGGGCAUCCGGCAGCUGGGAACGGCGUCAGACGUUCAGCGGCAGCUGGGAGCGGCGGCAUGGUGGCGGCGGUGGCGGCGCGGGCAAGCUAGGUGGCAGCUGGGAGCGGAGGCAGGCGGGUGGCGGCGGCGGCGGCAGCUGGGAGCGGCGCCACCCGGGCUCCAACCCACUAGACCCGCAGGAUCCCAGCCCCGACGCCUACUGCAAUCUUGUCAUCCUGGCUGUGGCCAACAGGGAUGCUGCGGAGGAGUCCUGCGCUCUCAUCUGUCAGGUCUUCCAGAUCAUCUACGGGGACCAGAGCAUCGAGUGCGUGGACCGGGCUGGCUACCACUACACGUCCACGCCCGAGCGACCAUGGCUCUGCAGCCGCAGUGAGAGCUGCCGGACCGACGGGACUUACGCCUAUGACGCUGACUUCAGCUGCUGCAGCUCCUUCAAUGGCUCCCAGGACACAUUUGAAGCAUGUUACAGCGGCACGUCCACACCCUCUUUCCAUGACUCCCACUGCAGCGGCAGCGACCACAGCGGUCUGGGCUUCGAGCAGUUGCAGGAUUACAUGGUCACGCUGCGGAGUAAGCUGGGGCCCCUGGAGAUCCAGCAGUUUGCGUUGCUGCUGCGGGAGUAUCGGCUGGGGCUGCCCAUCCAGGAUUAUUGCUCAGGGCUGCUGAAGCUCUAUGGAGACCGGCGCAAGUUCUUCCUCCUUGGGAUGCGACCCUUUAUCUUGGACCAGGACAUUGGCUACUUCGAGGGCUUCCUGGAGGGCGUGGGCAUCCGCGAGGGUGGCAUCCUCACCGACAGCUUUGGCCGCAUCAAGCGCAGCAUGAGCUCCACGUCGGCAUCCGCCGUGCGCAGCUAUGAUGGCGCGGCUCAGCGGCCGGAGGAGCAGACCUUCCACCGGCUGCUGGCAAACAUCACGCAUGACAUCGAGGCGCUGGCCCCGGACGAUGACGACAGCACGGAUGAGGAGGCCCGGGGCUCCCCGGGUGGGAACGAGGCCACUGAAGACAACUACCUGUAGCCUGCCGCCACCGCCCAGGCGGAAGGCGGGGAAGGGGUGGCCCUGCCACCUCGCUUUUGAAUCUCACUCACUCUGGUCUGGGGGGGUGCUGGUCACUAGGGCCCCUCCCCACUCCUGACCCGAGGCCUGCAUUCCGAGUCUCAGAUGGUCCGGGGCCCUAAAAUCCGGGUCAGUUGCUUGGGGCUCAGCUGACUCCUCUGUGCGCCCGGGGUGGGCAGCGUCAUCUUUUGUCCGCCUAGCCCCUGUGCCCCAAACCGGGACACUCCCCCCUCCCUUGACUGCGCUGCUAUCUGAAGGCCAAGGGAGGGGUGGUGCGUGCACUCCCCCUGCUGGCGGACUGAGAAAAGAAUUUCCAGAGCUUCUCUUACUAGAAACCGAGAUUUAAAAGAGGGAAAGGGACUUGCGGGGAUCUUCUGAUUCUCCUGAGAUAUUACCUCAGUUGACCAUAGUACAUCGUGUAGAGAGUCUUUUUGAGGCUCUAAAUGGCAGGGUCUCUUUCUCUCCCCACACCGCCCUCAGUUGGAUCAAAAGUACGAAGAGGGUUUUUUCUCUACUGAGAGUUGACUCAGAGGAAGGUAAUCUUGAUCCCAAACCUGGUCCUAAGACUCCACACAAGUUGCUUGCUGAGAUCUUGGAUUUGGAGGAGGUGGGCCCCACCUGCCUCACGGGGUGGUCAUGGGGAUUAGCAAAAGUCAAGACCUUAGUGCCAGGUCUGCCAUAUGAUAGGCGCUCAAUAAAUACUAUUCCCUUCCACAUCUAGC